AUGGAAUGCUGCCCUGCAGUACCGGCCGUGUCCGCCAGGCGGCGCCAGGCGGAGCGGCGGCGCAGAGGGGCGCUGCGGGCCGGGGUCCCAGGCCCGUCCGGAGACAGCGCUGUGGGGAGCGGCUCUGACUGGGAACCGAACCACACGGAGAGUCUGACAGUGCGGAAAAACCCCGGAGAGCAGCCGCUCCGGAGGGGCACCCAGCCCCUGGCAGGGGCCACGCUGGGCUCGUUUCUGCUGCGCUGCGUGGGAAGCUGUGCCUGUCGGAGCCACGGGGACCUGCCUGGAGCCGUGCAGGGGACAGGGACGAUCCCUGAUGGAGACAAGAAGCCAGAUCCCCGCCCCGCGGCCGCAGGUGCCGCGCAGGGCCCGCCCCGGCCCGGCCCCGCCCCGCGGCCCUUUUCCCGAGCGCCAGUGGGGCCCCGGCGGGAGCUUUGGUGUGCCGGGUCCGGGAGGAGCAGGUUGAGCUCCGCGGGAACUGCCCGGGGGCUGCCGGCCAGAGCCCCCCGAGGAUGGGGCUCCCCCCGAGCACGGGGCAACCGCAGCCACCUGCGGGUCAGCCAGCGGAAAGGUUUCCCGGUUGUUGCAGUCUCCAAACUCGCCGUGCCUCGUUCCCGGCAGCCCUGCCCGGGCCAGCCCGGCUCAGCACAGCAGCGGGAGAGGACGAGCCCGGCCAGGACACAGCAGAGCCCCGGGAGAGAUGCACAGGAGAUGCCGCUGCUCCCACCUGCCCCGGGAGAUCUGGGGGGCCCCUCCUGCCGCCUGCUCUUGGAACGGCUCCGGGAGAGACCUCCACGCAGAGAGGGGCACGUGCUGUGACCUGAAUCCCUGAGGGAAGAGGCUGUGCUCCCUGCUGCUCCCAGCUCCUGAACAGGGACAGCCCUGCCUGCGCCUGCCGGGAGUCCAGAGCGCAGCAAUCGCAGCUCCAGCCACCAGAUCUCCCUGCCAGCAGUCCCUCCUUCCUGCUGCAGCUGCAGGUGAUGCCCCAGUCAGCUUCUUCAGGCUCCAGCUGUGGCUGUGCAGUGCUCCAGGUGCUUCCAGGCUGCUCCAGUUGGUUCCAGCUAUGGCUCUGAGAUGCUCCAGUUUGUUCCAGCUCUGCCUCCGAGACGCUCCAGUUCAUUCCAGCUCUAGGUCCUAGGUGCUCCAGUUGAUGGCUGCUCCCAUUUGUUCGAGCUCUGGCUCCGAGAUGCUCCAGUUGGUUCCAGCUCUGGCUCCAAGAUGCUCCAGUGGAUUCCAGCUCUGGCUCUGAGAUGCUCCAGUGGAUUCCAGCUCUGGCUCCGAGAUGCUCCAGUGGAUUCCAGCUCUGGCUUAUUAAAUGUUGCUUCUUGUUGCAAGCCAGUUAAAGCUCCAGGUGCUUGGAGCGAUUUGGGCUUCUGGCCAAGUUGUAAAUCACUCACUGUCAUCGAGUGUAUAUGAAUAUGAGCUGUCAUAAUUGUCUCAAUAUUGUAGCUAUUCCGGUGUUUGUACAAAUAAAGAGUUGGACUGGAAAAA